UCAGAAAACGCCUUCCGGUACCCCAUCUGGUCUACAUGGGCUCUGUACAAAAAUGAUAUUGACCAGGAUAAGCUGUUGCGUUUUGCAGAAAAGAUUAAAAAGUACCAGUUUAAUUGCAGCCAUAUUGAAAUCGACGACACCUACACACAGACUUAUGGCGACUUCGACUUUGAUCCGGUAAAGUUCCCUAAUGUGACAGAAAUGUUCAAAACACUGAAAAAAGAGGGAUUUAAAGUUACCCUGUGGACACAUCCCUUUAUAAACUACAAUUCCUCCAAUUUUGGAGUGGGGAUAGAGCGACAGCUCUUUAUCAAGGAGCUGACGGGGAAACUGCCCGCGCUGGUGAAGUGGUGGAACGGCAUUGGCGCCAUAUUGGAUUUUACCAAUCCCACAGCCAGGGAGUGGUUUCAGAGCCACCUGAAACAACUGCGGUCGAAGUACGGCAUAGCGUCCUUUAAAUUUGACGCUGGUGAGGUAAGCUACCUUCCAAAGCAGUUCAGCACCUUCAGGCCCUUGUCGGAUCCCAGCAUCUGGUCCAGACGGUACACGGAAAUGGCCAUUCCGUUCUACGAGCUCGCCGAAGUCAGGGUCGGCUACCAGUCCCAAAACAUCUCCUGCUUCUUCCGCAUCAUCGACCGCGACUCGGUUUGGGGAUAUGAGCUUGGCCUCAAGUCCCUGAUCCCUACCGUGCUCACCAUUAGCAUGCUGGGAUACCCUUUCAUACUACCGGACAUGAUUGGAGGAAACUUUUUGCCGAACAAGACAGAAGGUGCUGUUGAAAUCCCAGACCAGGAGCUGUACAUCCGCUGGCUGGAGCUUUCGGCCUUCAUGCCCUCCAUGCAGUUCUCCAUUCCCCCCUGGCUCUAUGACAAGGAAGUGAUUGAGAUUGCACAGAAGUUCACAGAGCUGCAUGAGUCCCUGGUUGCCCCUCUCCUGUUGGAGUUGGCUGGAGAGGUCACCAAUACGGGAGACCCCAUCAUACGGCCCAUCUGGUGGAUUUCUCCCAGUGAUGAAUUCGCUCACAAGAUUGACUCCCAGUUCCUCAUUGGGGACACCCUCAUGGUGGCCCCUGUCCUGGAGCUGGGCAAGCAAGAGCGAGAUGUAUAUCUCCCGGCCGGCAAAUGGCGCAGUUACAAAGGGGAGCUGUUUGAGAAGACCCCAGUCCUGUUAACAGACUAU